AUGAGCUCUAACCGAUCGAAGUUCAACUCCCAAAUGGUCGACGAUACCAAGCCAGAUCGCGGACCUGAGAUGGUCAAUGGGAUUCAAUACACUCGGGGCUUGCGUAUAGUGACUCCUUAUUACCAUUCCCGAACCUCUUUCGCAAAAGGACGCUGGCUUGGACGCAAGCUAGUGGAUGUCUUAAGCGACGAGUUCAAAUCUUUCUCCAGCGAACAAUAUAAGCAGGGCUCCCAGAAGGACUUCCAAAUUAUACGUGAUGGUGUUCCUUUGAGUGCUGCAGAAACUUCAACGACCGAGAUCCAGAACAAGGACAUCAUCAAAACCACUUUCCACAAGCACGAGCCUCCAGUACGGCAAUGGUCUUCAGACGAAAACGACACCAAGAAUGGCGGCCGAAUUGCAGGGUUUGAGAUCGUCCACGAAUGCAGCGAUCUUCUGGUCCUCAACAAACCAUGUGGCGUACCUAUCCACCCGACAGGGCAGUAUUUCAGAAAUUCAAUGGUAGAAGCUUUGAAAGCGCAAGGCAUGAACGUUUUCCCGACCCAUAGGUUGGAUAAGGUAACCUCAGGGAUACUCAUUAUGGGGAAAAACCCCUUCACAGCUAAUAAAAUUCAAGAUCGAAUUCGGCAGCGAACUAUGCGGAAAACGUACUUGGCGAGGGUGGAAGGGCGUUUUCCUAAAACACCCGACAGCAUAUUCCCGGGAGACACAAACUUUCCAACGGCCUCUGAAGCUUGUGCGAAUGAAAGCAGGGCCACAAUAGAGGAAUCUCAAAUGUAUACUAUCGAGCUCAAGAAACAAUUCCCAGCCGCCUUCUCUGGUGCUCGUGAUGCAGUCACUCGGUUUUAUCCGGUGAAGUAUUUUGCAGAGUGUAACCAAACCUUAGUAGCAUGUCAGCCCAUCACAGGCCGAACCCAUCAGAUUAGAAUUCAUCUCGCAAGACUGGGGCAUCCCAUAGUCAAUGAUCCAUUUUACAAUAAAAAUCAAACAAAAUUUCCAAAACGCCUGCAGUUUAUGCUUGAUGUGCCCAACUGGAAUAACAACAAUGUUGCUGCAAAAAGCUUGGAGUCAUACUUCCAGGAAUUUGUCCAGGAGUCAGAGUCUUCCAAGGGUCUACAGACGGCCAGCAAGCAACAAGUCUGCAACGAGUGCGACAUAGUCCUCUACCCAGAUCCACAACUUCGAGACCUGGAGCUCUUUCUGCAUGCUUGGAACUAUUCCGACUGCUCAGGCGAGCUGAGCUACGAAACGAGCCUACCAGCAUGGGCUCUCUGA